UUUGAAUUAUUUACAUACUUACAGAUGGAUCUCGUGUUGUGCUUCUACAUUUUUAGUUGUUUUUCACUCACUGUUGGAGAAAAAACUUGGCUAAAGUUUGGUGCAAGCGAGUUUUACAUCCACAGGGGAAGCGCUGUUAAUCAUGCAGACGCGGUCAACGCUUGUGCUUUACUCGGUGCUUCACUUGCUAGAGUUAAAACUACGCAGCUCCACAAUUUCCUUGUCAAGAGUAUUGGAACUAACCCACCACACGACAAUUUCUACAUUGGGUUGAAGCGGGCCAAUCUGGGAAAAACAGGAUUUAAGUGGAACGAUGGGUCCAGUGUCACGACCGGUGAAACGCAAUGGUUGAACGAGGACCCAAACAAUCUAAACAACAACGAGUAUUGCGUGUAUAUGGUAUUCGACGUUAUUGGAUCAAAUGGUUCAUGGUAUGAUAUCCCAUGUUCAACAAAUGGAAAUUACUUAUGCGAGCGACCAGCAGGUAAAAUCGUUGAAGGGUUUUCUGUAGAAACGGUCUACUCCAGCAAGAAGUAUACCCUUGUGGCUGUUGUUUACAAAAUGUGCUUAAGUGCUGCACCUUACAAAGUACAAGCUAGAGCUCGUAUGGUUGAUGAAAGUUUGCCCCACCGUUUCAACGUUACCGCUUAUGAUAUUCGUUUAAUGGAAUUCGUAGCAAGGCUGGAAAGAAUCGACUUAGACAGCGGAUGGGACACAUCUCAGAUUAAUAUCUCAUGGAAAGCUUACUUCAAUACUACAGUCAUUAUAAAUUAACAUUAUCCAC